AUGGACCCAGCGGGGAUGGCGUCCGACGUCAGGCUGCGGGAGGUCCUCAGAGCGAGGCUUGGGUACCAGGACUUCCGCGGCCCGCAGCUGGCUGCCGUGCAGGGCGCCCUCCAGGACCGAGAUGUGUUCGUUAUCGCCCCGACCGGCGGCGGAAAGACGCUCUGCUACACGAUGCCGGCGCUGGCGUCGCACAAGAUGGCGCUCGUGGUAUCGCCGCUCGUCGCGCUCAUGGCCGACCAGGUCCGCAAUCUCGCGGCUCGCGGCGUGGCCGCGGAAUACAUCUCCUCGACGCGACCGGUCGCGGAGCGCGAGGCGAUCCUGCAAUCGCUCAAAGACCCGGCCUGCCCGACGAGCCUCCUGUUCGCGGCUCCGGAGGCCCUGGACCACGACGGCCCCCUCCUGCAGGCCCUCCAGGAAUACCACACGCAACAGGGGCUGUCGCUCCUGGCCGUGGACGAGGCGCACUGCGUCUCGCAGUGGGGCCACGACUUCCGCCCCGCGUACCUCAAGGUGUCGCGGCUGAAGGGGGAGUUCCCGGGCGUGCCGAUGAUGGCGCUGACGGCCACGGCGACGGAGCGCGUCCGCCAGGACGUCACGACGCACCUCGGCCUGACGCGCCCCCUCGUCGUGCGCGCGCCCUUCGACCGGCCCAAUAUCCGAUACUCUGUCGUCUACGCGGACGAUCUGGGCCCCGACGGCGCCGUUCCGGAGCUCGUCAAGCGCCUGGACCGCUUCCGCACCACCCCGCAGGCCGCCGCGGCCGCCGCCGACGCGUCGCAGGCCGCCGCAGCGCCGCCAACGGCCGACGCGGGUCCGUCGGGCGCUGCGGCCCCGCCUGGCGGGGCGGCGAUUGUGUAUGUGCGGCAGAGGCUGCGCACCGAGGAGAUCGCGGCGGAGCUGCGGCUGUUCGGCGUGCCCGCCGCGGCGUACCACGCGGGCCUGCGCGACGGCGAGCGCGCGGCGACGCAGGCGCGGUGGAUGGCGGGCGAGGUGCCGGUGAUCGUCGCCACGGUUGCGUUCGGGAUGGGGAUCGACAAGCCGGACGUGAGGAUCGUGGUGCACAUGACGGUGCCGCCGUCGGUGGAGGCGCUCUAUCAGGAGGGCGGGAGGGCGGGGCGCGACGGGGCGCCGGCGGAGCACGUCGUGUUCUACGACUCGGAGGACGCGCAGCGGUGGCAGUACAUCAUAUCCGUCGAAGAGAGGAAGAGGAAGAACAAGAACAAGAGCCGCGCCAAGGCCCCGCACGCAGCCGGGCGCGACCCGGCCACGGCGCUGCAGUCCGUCCUCGACUGGUGCACGCGCGCCUCGGGCUGCCGCCGCGCCGCCCUGCUGGGGUACUUCGGCGAACACCCCCACGCGCGGCCGCCCGCCGCCCUCGCGCGCUGCUGCGACCUCUGCGCCGACCCCGCCGGCACCCGCGCCCGCGCUCUCGCCAGCUCCCUCCACCGCGCCCCCCGCGGCGCGGACAGGAUCCGCGUCGCGCGCAGCCCCGCGCGGCGCCGCCGCGGCGACGACUCCGGCUCCUCCGACGACGACAACGUCCGCCACCGCGUCGACCCGCCCGGCGUCAGGACAGCCGCGCCGGCCGACGACGAGCCCGUCCUGGACUUCGCGGGCGCGAAACGCGCGGCGAAGGGCGACCCAAUGGUGAUGCUUGAUAUUCUCAUAGAACAGGAGAGGGCGUUCGAGCAGCGCCGGCCGCCGCCGCCGGACGCGAGCAAGCUCAGCGGGCGCGAGCGGAUGCGCGCGAUCCUGCACGGGAAGCUCCGGAAGGGGCCGAGCGGGGCGCCGGCGGAGGCGACGGCGCGCGCGGGGGGCGACGGGGAGCGGGAGCGGGGGAUUGCGCGGGCGCUGUGCGGGGCGUGGGCGCGGGUGCAGAUGAAGCUGGCGGGCGGGGCGGUGGAGGAGGCGGUGGGGGAGCUGAGCGCGAUGGCGGGCGCGGAGUUGUCGGUGGCGGUGCUGCAGGCCGACGGGCUGGCGGGGGGGGUGUCGCGGGGGGUGAAAGGGCUGCGGAGCCACGCGGACGGGCGCGUCGCGGAGGCGGCGACGCGGGUGGUUCGGGAGUGGCGAGCGCGGCUGCUGGAGCUGGCCAGGAAGAAGCCAGGAGGGGGGAGUUAG